AUGCAGAACUUUUCUAAUAGCCCCACCCCCCAUACUCUUGCCCCUGGCUUUGGCAUGAGGAGUGGAGGUGGACCGUCCUACCCGCCUCAACCAGCAGAACCCCAGUUGUCCCCAAGGAUGGCAGAAGAUUAUGCAGCGAUACAACAGCAGAGCCUGCACAGAAGCCAUCCCCACUCCAGUCAAGCCAGCCCCAUGCUUGCUUACAACGCUCGAAACAGAGGUGUUGUAGAGCCGCCCACACAGGCUAACAUUCACAGCAGCAGUAACAACCCUUACAGGAAAGACACAAUGGAUUAUUAUUUUUCAUUGGGCGCAAAGGACAAAAACAGAAGAGGAGGUCUGGUCUAUGGAACGGGAUUUGGUUACCCAAAUAUUGAUGGACACAUACCUCCACAGUACAGACAUUCUGCCUCUGGGUCUGUAUUAUCAUCUGGCAUCAUGUCACAAUAUUCAGUAGACUAUGGACCUAGCACAGGUUCAGGUGGAGCAUCUGGAGCAUUCUCUCCUCAUCAAUACAACAUGAGUCAGAACGCUGCAAUGCAGGCCAUGCCAGCUUCUCAGAGCCGUCAACAUGGGCAAACAUUCUCUCCUGUCCACCAUGGGCAGCAGCAUCGGAGUUAUCCAAGCUCUGGGCACAGAAUGACCCCUCAAUAUCCACAAUACUCUCCACAGCCUGGAGUGUCCACAGGGUCAUCGGGAAUGUACAGCCCCCCUCCACAGAGAUAUGUUGAUGGGACUGCUAACACCGGUUUUGAUCCCAAAAUCAACAGUUCACACAGUGUCAACUCAAGUGCAAACUCUGUCUCUGGUUCAGCUGCUGCUAACAAUAUGGGGCCAGUGGAAAGUGUUCAGCAGCGUUACCAUGCAGCAAAUUUUUCUGGAUAUAUUCCACAGAUGCAAAUGCUUCACAAGGAAGGCACACUCCAGCAUUGCAACACACAGCACAAUUUAGGUGUGGGUUUUGAAAAUCCUGUUAAAAUGCAGCACCAGAGCCCAAAUAAAAGCACCAUAUAUGGUAAACAUCAACAGGCCUCCACCCCCAGUAUACCUCACACAACAUCUCAAGAACUAGCCAAAUCCCCAAUGCAUCCUCAACAAAGUCAGAUAAACCAAAACCUGAGCCCGAUAUCCAACCCGUCCCCAGCUGCCUCUGCAGUACAUUCACCAAGCUGUAGAUCCACUCCUUCCCCUUUGCUGGGAGUUUCAGAAACCUAUGUCAACACCUCUGGCCAUUCCAACUCUUCAUCUACCGUCCAUAGCAGCAGCCGGAGUCAUAGAUUAAUACAGGCUGUGUCACAGUUAAGUCCGACACCAAACUCAAACAGUAGCAUCAGUAGUUGUGGUAGCAACGGCAGUCACAAAGGUCAUAACAUCAGUAAUAUUGGACUAAACAGUGUGCCACCUACAAGUUGCAACAAAAGUGGUCUAGGUUCAACACAUGCUCCCCGGGAGGAAGGUCCCUGUAGUUAUUCAUCUCCUACAGCUGGAAAAAUACAGGAUGCAGGACUAAAUAGUCUUAAUGCUCUGAGCUCCCAGGUAGCUAAUUUACCCAACACCAUUCAACACAUGCUGCGCACUGACAAUGUAUUCUCACAGAAAAAAGGCAAAGAUGGCGGACAGGUGCAACAAACAGCUCACAGUGUUUCCCCAUUGGAACCAAGAAGUAGAAAUGCAAGUACAGCCUCGAGUACUGGCACACUAAAAGAUGGAACUAUUGUAGGAAUUGCUGAAAGUGCUGGUCUAGAAACUGUUGCUAAUGAAGAUGCCUCUUAUAUGUCAGCUGAGACCAAGACAGAGCAAGAGGAUCAUUUAAUAGAGGGACAUCAAAGAAUGAGGCAGAUGAGUGGUGCAAGCAAUUAUUCAAAGGAUUUGAGUUCUCUAACAGAGGCAUUUGGGAAGAGAGGGCAGGCAAUAGGAACAAAAGGCCAAGAAGACAUUUCUCAAAUUCAUCACUUCCCUAGCCUUUUACAAGAGGUUCUUCAAGGGUAUAAUUUAGAUCGACGUUAUGGAAGACCAGAACAGGCAUUUCCUGCACAUCUCCAAGUUCAACAACAAUUUCAAACACGAUACCCAUAUGGUAUGACAGAAAAUAUUAGGAUGGUGGAUACUGCAGCCAGUGGCACAUUGGGCCAAGUAGGCACCACUGGAAAGCCCCUACAUCCAAAUAACCGGAAUGGAAGUAAAACCAAUUUUGCCACAGGGCCUCAAUCCUCAAUAAAACCAGAAGCAUCCAAUACCAAGGGCACCUUGCCCCAUCAUAAGGCUCAUGGCCCAAAUACAAAUGAACAUGAGGAAGCUAAACCUCCCUGCUUUCCUCCUCCAUACAACGAUGGUAAACCUCAAACUGACGUAACUUCUACUCAACCAAGGGUGCAGCGGCAAACUAAGUCUGGAGGUCCUGCAGAGACAAAUCCUCUUAUUUUGAGAAGAAGAGUGCGUUCUUUUAUCUCUCCUAUUCCUGCUAAAAGGCUACUGCAGGAUCCAUCUCAGCAGAGGGCAGCUACAAAUUCACACCUUCCUGUGGUGCCCUCAGACUCAAACCAUCACAAUGAAGAUGAAUCAACCUCUUCUGAUAUUCCACAGCUCACGUCCCCAUUGCCCGGUGACAAUGCUUUUAAAUCUCUGUCUCCAUCAAGUGGUAAUAUAAAGGCCUUGCCUCCAAAGAAAGGACGUGGUUUGAAACUUGAGGCAAUUGUUCAGAAAAUAUCACCAAGUGUAACAAAGUCUGCAGGCAAUAUUGAUGAUGGAACAAGCCAUUACCCAGGCUUUUCUAAUGCAACAGUCCCACCGUUUACUGAGUCACAGGACCAGGAAAUAAACCAUUUUCCACGUGUUACAGGAGGAGAUGAUUGUUUUGACGAUGUUCACUCAUUAAAUGACAUGAUUCCCUUUAGAGGUGUAGAUGAGACUGGCCCAUUACCACUGUCUGCCUACCCAUGUGAUCCACAAACUCGCAGACAAAAAGACUUUGACUUUGGGUUAGGAGCUUCUGUGGUAUCAGCGUCUGGUGAAAAAGAGGACUUUGCGUUGCUCGGACCUUUACCCCCUCCUCCACCACUUCCUCGUCCAGUUCAGGGGUCUCCACCUCCAUCUUCAUCUGCGCUGUCUGACAUUCAACAUUUUACCAAUACUUACCAGCAGCUUGAGACGAGAAGAGGAGAGCAGUCUGCUGCUAACCUUCUUCGACAGAAAAUUCAAGAAUCUGGCAUAGGAUUUGAUGAUUAUACUGGCAGUGACUACUACAGAGCUACCUCACCCCGUCACAGUCUGUCUCAAGGUCAUGUUCUAAGCAGACAUCAGAUGUCUUCUCCUCGGCCAAAUCUGUCAGCACAAGAUUGUAAAACUCCAGAGAAUGCUGUGCCUAAAGGCUAUUUUCCAUCUGGCAAAAAAAAGGGAAGGCCAGUUGGAAGUGUGAAUAAACAAAAGCGUGCUCAAGGCCAAACACCAAUCCAGUCACAAACCCAAGCUCAAAACAUGAAUCCAAAUUCUCAGCUGCCACCAAUUUCCAUUACAGCAGGCCCAACAAUACCAGACGCAGUUGAAACUACAAGCACGGUCACCUCCAUUAUAGAAAACAAAACCACUCCCCCUCUAACCCCUCCCAUUUUAACCCAGGUUGUUAAAAUGGACGUUGAGAGUGAACCAAUUCAACCAGAGAUUGAUAUCAAACCUGUGAGACGGCGGCGCAAAGGUUUGAAUGACGAAGAUGAAUCACCAGAGAGUCGUCAAAGGAUUAGAAGAGGGGGGGCACCAGCAUCACAAUCAGUGGCAAGAGAUAACCCAGAAAUCCAGUUAGGGGCAAAAGGGCCUAACAGUACAAAUAGAGCAUUCCUGGAUGCAAAUCUAAAAGGCCUUUUUGUUCCACAUAUUCAUGUGGAGAACAAAAUACCAGAGAUUGGGUCCGUGUGCACCAUUGUAAAUGCGGAGGAUGACAAGUUGAAAGGAGAACGUGGUAUGAGGGAGACUGACCAGGCUGAAUCUUCUCUUCAGUCAGGAAAAACACUUCCUUCAUCUGGCUAUGUCGUUUCAGGACCUACUCUUACAGAAACUAAACACUCUGGCCGUCAGCUUUGCUGUUUAUGUAAAAAAUGGGCCAAUUACAAACACCUUGGAGAUCUUUAUGGGCCUUACUAUCCUGCCGAAUAUGCUGCCAAGCUUCCCAAAAACCAGCCCCAGACCCACGCAAAAACUCCUUUAUUAGCUUGUAGAGAGAAUAUGAUUGGGGAGACCAGCACCAUUGCCUCUUCCUACACUACCAAUAAACCUUUAUCCUGGGAAAUGAUCCCUGAUAUAAGACCUAUUCCAGAUCUAAAAAGAGAGAGAGAUUUUGACGUUGAGCAACAGCCGGUGCCAAUGCAGCUGCAAGGGCAGCCAGCAGACGAAGGCCAACAACGACCGCAACACCGAAAGCUGACCUCACACCCACGCUUUAAACGGAGGCACAAAUCUAGUGAGAAGUCUCCCAGAAUGGUGCCCUCCAACAGUAAGGCGUCACUGCCGUUCCAGCCUCCGCCACCAGCUUUGGACUCCCUGGGCCCAUUGGCUCAGCUUGCCCAGUUGCCCCAGAUGCCCAUGGACCCUGAGGAGCUAUGGGUUCAUGAAGGAUGCAUCGUGUGGACCAGUGGCGUAUACCUUGUCAAUGGGAGACUUUAUGGCCUGCAAGAGGCACUAGAUGGCGCCAGAGAAACGAGCUGUUCAUACUGUGAGAUGGUUGGCUCCACCCUGGGCUGCUACAGUAAAGGCUGUAUACGUCGAUAUCACUAUCUCUGUGCCAUUGAAACAGAUUGUUCUCUCAAUGAAGAUAACUUCUCACUGCGGUGUCCGAAGCACAAGGUAAAAUAG